AGAAUCGGAGAUUACAUCCGAGAUGCAUAUGCUACGGCGUUGUUUGCCUAUUUAAUCAACGGUACAAUUCUCAUGAGCAUGAUUGGGUACCAAAUACUUCUAGUAAGUAAAAAUGGUUAUUUUAUGACAGCGCCUGAUUCUAAUUUGACGGUAUACUUUUUGUUUAUAUUUACGAUGUAUUUUAUAAUCGCUGCUUUUUGUAUUGUCAGUGAACAACUCAGAAACAACACAGAAGCGAAUAACAAAGUUAAAGAAGCUUUUUGGAAUUGCGAGUGGUAUCUAAUGGAUCGAAAGUGUAUUUACGACAUAACAUACUGCAUAUCUAGAAGCCAAAAACCACUUGCGCUGCAAGCUGGAAAAUUUUUAUAUUUUAGUAACAACACAUUGACAGAUGUCACUAAAACAUCACUUGGAUAUUUAUCAAUACUGAGAAAUUUUUUAAUUGUAAAUUAA